AUGGACCAGCCAUAUCCCAUGGAUCUCCGUGUGCCCGGGAGCAAAGAUUACUCUGGGCGGACUGACCCUGAAGAACACGUCAACUCCUAUUAUGGAAACAUGCUAAUGAGGGGAGUGUCCAACGCGGUGAUGUGCCAAGCUUUCUAUUCGACCCUGUCAGGUCGGGCGGCCGAGUGGUUCGUGUCCCUCGAACCAGGAUCCAUCACAGAUUUCUCCAAGCUGGCGCGGAGGUUUGUUCAUCGCUUUGCCAUCUCGAACGCUGCCAAGAAACACUUUACCUCCUUAGAGAAAGCCAAGCAGCGUGAAGGCGAGUCUCUGACCCUGUUCAGCGAACGGUGGAAGGCGGCCAUGGCGGAGAUAGAGCCGGUAGACGAUCGCACUGCGGUCAACCUAUUGCUCUAUGCGCUACGGGCGGGACCCUUGUACCAAGACCUUAUCCUCAAGCAGCCGAACACUUAUGAGGAGGCCCUAAAGAGGAUGACUGACCAUGCAAUAGCUGACGAGGCCAAUGCCGCUAAGCGUAUGCAGGAGACUGGACAAGGUCGGAGAGACAUGCGACGACAGCCUGACCCAAGAAGGAAGGACCAAGAUGGGAAUCCAAUCUACACCCCCCUGUCGAGACCGAUUGGGGAGAUCUUAGAAUAUGCUCAGUCAUGUAAUAUGAUCCAACUCCCGGCUCCGGCGAGGGAUGGCCCCGACAAAGACAAGUAUUGUGCAUAUCAUAGAAACUGGGGCCACGAGACCGACGAAUGCCAUGUUUUAAAGGGGCUGAUUGAAGAUCUUUUGCGCUCGGGAGAACUAGCACAGUUUUCUGCCCAGAAGAAAAAGAGCCAACGCCGAGUUUGGAAGAAAUAUUUCAAGAAGUCUGACAAAGAAAAGAAGGACAAGGGGCCCGAGCCCGACCACGAUCCUCCCGCCGCUAGAUCGAAACAGAUUAUUCAUGUCAUUUUUGGCGGGCCAGAAGGAGGAGAUGAUCCCGACCAACGUCGGGCUUGGUCGCGGGACCUGCCUGUGUGCUCGAUCAGCACCGACCAACCAGAGAAGAGAAUGAAGGAUGAGCCCAUAACUUUCACUGACCGAGACCUCCCUCUCGGAGGAAACCAGUCGACCGAAGCAUUGGUCGUCACCAUUGACAUUUGCGGGGCUGAGGUUCGAAGAGUAAUGGUGGAUACAGGGAGUAGCGUCAAUGUCCUGUACUUGGAGGCAUUCCGGAAGUUGAAAUUGGAGAGUUCUGCCCUGAGGCCGGUCCGAACGCCGUUAUCGGGCUUCACUGGAGACAUGAUUCACCCGGAAGGUGUUGUUGCGCUCCCUGUUGAGGUCAGAGUAUACCCGCGCGUCUUGAAGGUGGAGAUGGAAUUCAUCGUUGUGAACUUGGCGUGCGUGCACAACGUUAUCUUGGGCCGACCGGGAAUAGCCCAGAUGAGGGCGAUCAUCUUUAUGCCUCAUCUAUGCAUGAAGUUCCCUACCCCGGAAGGCGUUGGCGUUGUGCGUGGAGACCCGCGAUCAGCGAGACUAUGCUAUGUUCGGGCGGUGGAAAAGCAAGCGGCGAGCACGUCUCGUGCGAACACCAUAGCCCGACGAAAAGAUGAAGAGAAAAAGGAACAACCUGGGCCGUCCGAGCCCGUCGAAGAAAUCCCUUUGAAUAUGGAUCAACCCGAUCGAUGCAUUAAGAUCGGUACAUCCCUUUGCCCGGACCUCAAGCGGUCAAUUCUAUCAGUGUUGCGAUAA